AUGGUGAAAUCCGACGUGCGCAAGGAUUACUAUGCGGACCUCGGGCUCCAGCCCAGUGCGGAGGCUGAAGACAUCAAAAAGCAGUUUAGGAAAUUAGCACUCAAGUACCACCCAGACAGGAACCCAGGACGAGAAGUCGAGUUCAACGCCAAAUUUCAGGCCAUCCAGGCCGCCAAUGAGAUCCUCAGUGACCCCUCGCAACGACUGAAAUACGACACCGAUCGUUUACGCGCAGGCUAUGGCAAGUACUACGGACCGCCGAAGCCAAAUACCCAACGCAAAACACAACCCCCCACCUAUCCUCCUCGCCCUGCGCCAACAUCGGCGUCUGCAAAUUCACAGUACACAAAGGCGACCCCGAAUACCCCAUCGGCUGGCGCUCGACGAUACGCGUCUCAUGCGCGUGCCGGUCCGCAACAAUUCAAACAACAGGACAAUGCGCAAACAAGGGCUGAUGCAUUCCAUGGUUUUAAUAAUAUGAGAGGAGGUCAGGCACCUGGGUGGCAGGGCUUCGAUCCUGCAACUGGCCGUGCCGCUGGUGGUGUCCCAGGUCCUGGAGCACAGCGGUAUCCCUUUGGAACUUCUGCGCAAUCUACCCGGCCCAAGUCUGCCUUUGAGGCCCACAACUCCCAUUCCAACGCACAGUCUUUCAAGAAGAAGCAGGGCUUUGCGCCAGGUGCAGCCGGAGGAGAUGAACCGAUGGCCCGCAACACCUCCGCCUAUAGCAAUAACCGGGCUGAACGGAUGAGCAGCCAAUACUUCAAGCCUGCUGUGCCCCCAACUGCGAAGAAACCAGCAUCACCCGAGCCGCCUCAACCCAAAUCUCGCCAUUCAUACACCCCGGAGUUCGAACGACCCAGUAGAAGCUACGCACAAGCAGGCAAGGGUGAGAAGACUUUCUUUUCAAGCACAGGACUAGGACGUUCCGCAACUAUGCGUACCCCCUCAGGUUCUUCUCAUCAAAACGCGCAUACAAGUAAAUCCAGCCCUGCCUCUGGCCGAUCUGGGAGAUACCGUAGCGCCAGCCCCUCGCCCAGGCGGAAUACCAAUAACUAUGACUCUACCAGCUCGAGUGAAGGGGAAGAGACUCGGCCCAAACCGAAGGCUGUGCCAAAGAGUCGACUCGGGCCGCAUCAAAAGUUUGCCGACUUCUACAACCCAGGAACAGCAAGCCCCGGAAAUGGACACACCUCAGAUAGCGCUGCUUUCCCAAAAAGCUCGUACCGAUCAGACCAGCAGACCAACCCAUCGGGUUCUUCCUCUUCCGUCAACACCGACCCGGCAAACAAUGCGCAAAGGCCCCAGUCUGCCGCGUAUGGACGCAGCAGCACAAGUGACUUGCACAAGAAGUUUUCUGCAGAUGAUUGGCGGGACCACUUGGGCCAGUUCGAUUUCAUGAGCUCUGCAUCGCCAAGCAAGGAGUCACUUCCGAGAUCACCUGUCUCGCAGAAUCGGGGGCGUGCCAACGUCCGAAAUGGACCGACACAGGCAUCCUCGACCGGAUCGCCGAUUCCAAAUCCCUUCGGCCCUACUCCUCUACACCAAACUUCGCAGUCACCACAACAACCACCAACUCCCUUUGCACAGGCAAAGUUUUCUGCAGAUUCAUGGUCUGAGCAGCUUCGAAAUCUCUCGUGGACGGUACCAGAGAUCGAGAAAGCCAAACAAGCGGCAAAUGCCGCACCGCGUAGUCCAAAGAAACAGCCCAGAGCAGGUACCAAGCUGCGGAGCGCUCCGCAGCCAGCAAGUGUUGCUACUGAAGCUGAGGAAGCCAAAGAAACUCUUAAUGGCCAGACUCCUCGGCCAGCCGGGACAGCAGUACCGGAAGUUGAGGAGAUGGAUCUCGACGAGGACCUUCCUACUCCUCCGGGUAUUCCGACGAAGGUCCCAGGUGGAAGAUCAAGCAGUGGCAGCCAUCCCGAUUUGGCUUCUCAGGCUGUACCAGAUGCACCCCCGGUCAAGAAGCCCAAGCCUCCGAGCGCAGACCCCCGUACCCCUUUAUUCAACCUCGAUAAUCUUCGCAACACCGCACCAUUUACCAACACAACCGGCGGAGGCAUCGAGAACUUAGAAGACUUCCACACCACUCUCCCCUUCGAAUCUCAAGCCAAACAGCAAAGAACGACCAGAAACGAUAUCCGCCCCCGCGUACUCCAACUCCCAAACCCACCCAAACGACCCUGGGCCCCGAAACCAGUCCUGCUGGCCCCAACCUCUAAGCAUCUCGUCCUCCCCCGGGAAAAAUGGAACUGGUAUGUAUCAGCAAUGGGCACGUACAUGCACGAAUGGAACGCGUUCAACGGCCGCAUGCUUACGCAUUUCAAUGCGCGCCAAGAAGCGAACGAAACCGGUCUCGCGCCGGGCUGGAUCAGUGCCGUUGGAGACUCUACCCGUCUCAAAAUAAACGGCACAGACGACGACAGUAUCAACGGCACGACAAAGAAGAAUCUAGAUGAUUAUCACGUUGAUGAAUUCCUCAUCCCCGGUAGUAGCAAGGGCGGCUUCAGCGCUUAUCUCCGUGGUAUUGAGGAGGAUAUCCAGGUGCGGAAGCAUUGGGACGUUGCCUGUGAGCUGCAUCGGGAAUGUAUCCUCGAUCUUGGACGAUUGAGAGAGUGGAUUCGGGAUGGCGGAAGGGUUGUUUGA